AUGGUGCGAGACAACAGAGACGCCGACGAUUCUUCGGCAAUCAGCCAAUCAAGACGUCCUCCUCUCAAUCACCAAGAGAGUGAUUCGACAAACAGCGACCAAACUCAUCGGGACCACCAUCAUCAGCACCGCUCCAAGCAGAAACACGUCGUCGGCGCCGGGCGGUUACAUGCACGCGUCCCUUCCUCUAAAGCAUUACACAAGCACCAUGGCUCGACAGCUACCAAACUGAAUCACCGCCGACAAGCAUCUCCUUCUCCUGACAGAAAUCGAGCAGCUGCCGCCGGCCAUCGUCGAGUCCAAUCCGAAGCGAAGCUUUCUCGCGAUAGUUCGUCCGCCAAUCUCAGCAAGACGGCCUCUGCGGCAAGUUUGCGCCGGAACAAAUCCCAUGGGGAAGUGAAUAAAACGGGAAAGGUUAAGUCGUCGGAAAAACUCAAGAGAACAAGCUCAAACCCUGCCGUCAACAAGGUCAAGUCGCAAAAGUCCCAGGUACACUUUGACUUGGGCAACGACGGAAACGACGGGCACGACGGGCACGACGACGAAUGGGUGGAUGCCAGCACAUCUGCCUCUCCGUAUCUGUCAAGGCGAGGCUCCUUGGCCAGCACGCAAGCCUCAGCCAAACCCGACGAUAGCAACACGAAUAACAGCGCAAACGACUCGAGGGCAGAAAGCCCUGCGGCGCAUUCAUCGCCUCUAGCCGCAGCGACUCCCGACCACGAGACUGUCCAGCACAAGGAAUAUUUGACUUCGAGAUUGCUCCAGCGUACCCCCUCGCAAGGGGCACCGCCAAAGAUGACGGCAGACACUGUCUCGGUCUCCCGGCGGGGCCACUCCCGCUCUCCUGACUCCAUCGGCCGCGGCUCGACGCUCGCCGAAUUCCACAACGUCAGCACCCUGCCAAGCUCCGGCGAUGAGCUUAUCUCGAGGUUCGUCAAUGCCGGAAGCUCAGGCGCGGCCCGCGAAGGCUCCUUUUAUCAACUUCCAACACCGAGGCCCGCCAGUCUGAGAUCAGAGGAAAUCCCUCAACGGAGGCCACAAUCCUCGAGCUCUGGACGCCCGGGGCGGCAGGGAAGGGCGCGUGGUUCACCAUUGUCGGACGAUGAGGACGAGGGCCGUCGUGAGAUCGACGGCACAGCGCUUGCGCCGCGGUCAGUAAGGCGCUCCGCCCCGCCGGCCGAGAAGUCACGAACGCAACAGAAGCUCAACCUGCAGCGGGCCAGCUCAGUUAUCGAGCCGGGGCAGGCAGUUGGAGGAGGAGUCGGUGCGGUCGGCGCAAGCCCUCUGGUCGGUAUUGGAGGCCCGGGCUACGAUGGCGGCGCAAGCCGCGAUCCGCGCGUCACGAAGCAAUUGGAAAGGACAGGGAUGGAGUACCUCAGCGUCCGGCGUUUCCAGAACCCCGUGGUGCGCUCACUCGACCGCCUCGUCCAGGUGAACCGCGCAAACAAGAACCAGCGGAUACCGCGUAACGGGACCGCCAAUGGCAACGGCAAAGCUGCAUCGAUGCGUGGCGGCGUCGUCCCCGGACAGCAGCAGCAACACAUGCGGAACUCGAGUCUUAAUGAGGCCGCGCUAGCUGCCGCUUCCGGCGGCACCGGAUCCGUCCGGAGGCCCGUAACGCCUCGCGCGUAUUCGAUCCGGACCAACGGCGCCGGGUCAAGCUACGACGUCGACCCCGACGACAAUCAAAGCGGCCGGGUCUUGCACGAGGGAAGCGUGGUGCAGGGGCUCAGCGGGUCGAGCCUGGUCGGCGGCGAGGAGGACGAGGGCGUCACCGCGAUCCUCCGUAACUUGUGGGAGAAGAACCCGGACCUGAGCGCCAGCCAGGAGUAG